GACAAAGUCUUUAUAAGCAGAUUUCCUCUGCAUUUUUAUAUAUUUUUUUGCAUUAACAAGGUUUGACUCUGGAAAUUAAUUUAUCCUUCAAUUCACAAAACUGUGAGUUUCAGUCGAGCUUAAAAUCUUUGAAGUUUAUCUCAGUUUGGAUUCUUAAUUAUUCAAAUUAUAUAAUCACUACAUUAUCCAAAUAUAAUCGUUUUGCUUAAUUUGAUAUUGUAGUUGUUUAUUUGCCAGAUGACAAUUUAAGUCAUGCUCAAAGAUUCGUGAGAUUUUGUUUUUUGCUAUUCAAACAAAAUAAAACAAAAAAAGUUGGAAACAAAUAAUCAAAUUAAUGUCAAUAAUCAAUAUCUGCUUUUAAAUUGUGUAUCUAGUUUUAAAUCAUCAAUGCCAGCUGUGCACAGGCCAGCUGAUUGGCAGGUUUAUCAUAGGCUUGCAUUAGCAUAAGCCACGCCCCCUGAUAUAAAUAAAGCAGAUUGGGUUCCUCAUCUUAAUCUCCUCGUUGGAUCUAGACUGAUAUACAGCAAUGGUGUGUUUAUUAAUUUCAGCAAUGUUGAUGGGUUUGCUUUCACUUGUCAAAUCUUCUCAGAUAGUCAAUAUAUCAGCUCAACCAGGAAAAAAUUUUACUAUUUGGUGUAAACACACCUCAAACACUGGAAAGACCAUACACUGGUUCAAGCAGACACACGGUGCUGUUCCUGUUGACAUUGUAUACAAGAUGAUAAGCUACCAGCUUAAGGAAAUAUAUGUAAAUUAUUUAAAUGGUUUUCAACAAGACCACUUUGUUAUGUCUCUAAACAAAGAAAACACAUCACUAAGUAUUUUAAAUGUGGAUAUUUCUGAUUCUGCUCUGUACUUCUGUGGUUGGGGCUCUUGGGAGAUUGUGUUUGGGGAUGGAGCACAUCUAGACAUUGAAGGCUUAAAGGGUCCGAUUUCUACUAAGGACUGUCCUAGAAACAUUUUCUAUACGCUGACCUUUAUUUUUGGUGGUAUUAUUGUUAUUCUUCUGAUCGUUACUCUCACCUUUUUUAUUAUUAAGAUCAGAAAAAUACACAAAAAAGAUGAGGAUCAGCAUGCAACUCAACAUCAUGAGGAUGCUCAUUCAUUAGUGUAUGCAGCUUUACGAUUCUCAAAACAGAAAACCAGAAGAGCAGCCGGAGAUAAUGAAGAUAGAGAAGUUAUAUGUUCUGCUACAAGAUGACACCCAAUCAAUUAAUGUAACCUAAGGUUUUGUCAAGGCUCUAAUA